GGGGUCCUGUCUCGGCCGUCUCGUUCAGCGUGUGUCGCCCGGACGGUCAAACAAGUUGUCGGUCUCCGCUCGUCUCCUCGUCUCGUGUCUCACGGUUGUCUUCAUGUCCCGCUGUCUCGCUCUGGCGCGGUUCGCGCUCGGUUCCUCUCAGAGGACCGGCUCACGGCUGACGACGUGCGCGCGAGGGCUCUGCGGCGCGACUGUCUCGCGCUCCUUGUCCGCAGACGUUCGGGUUGGACAGCAGCAGCAGAGGUGGAGCAGUCGGCCGAGCAUGUGGAGCGCUCAGCGCUCCUGCCUCAACCUCUGCCAGCAGACUUACUACAGCACCCAGGAGGUCGAGAAAGAGCCCGAAGAGGAGCCGCUGCACACCAUCAUCAGUGACACAGAGUCUGUUCAAGGCAGCUUCUCCAAACAUGAAUUUCAGGCUGAAACAAAAAAGCUGCUGGACAUUGUUGCCAGGUCCCUGUACUCAGAGAAAGAGGUUUUCAUCAGGGAGCUGAUCUCCAAUGGUAGUGAUGCUCUGGAAAAACUGCGUCACAAACUGAUGACUGCGGGAGGUGAAACGGCUCCCAUGGAGAUCCACCUGCAGAGUGACACUGUCAAGGGCACCUUCACCAUCCAGGACACUGGAGUGGGGAUGGAUCAAGAGGAGCUGGUGGCCAAUCUAGGUACCAUCGCCCGCUCCGGUUCAAAGGCAUUUUUGGACGCCCUGCAGAACAAGGCGGAGGCCAGCAGCUCCAUUAUCGGUCAGUUCGGGGUGGGGUUCUACUCCGCUUUCAUGGUGGCAGACCAUGUGGACGUUUACUCCCGCUCUGCUGAGCCCGGUGCACCUGGGUACAAGUGGUCCUCUGACGGCUCUGGAGUUUUUGAGAUUGCUGAAGCCAGCGGUGUUCAACAGGGAACAAAGAUCGUGCUGCACCUCAAAGACGACUGCAAGGAGUUCUCCUCUGAGGACAGAGUCAAAGAGGUUGUAACAAAGUACAGCAACUUUGUGAGCUUCCCCAUCUUCCUGAAUGGACGGAGGCUCAACACACUGCAGGCCUUGUGGAUGAUGGAGCCGAAGGAGAUCAGUGACUGGCAGCAUGAGGAGUUCUACCGCUAUGUGGCUCAGGCCUACGACAAGCCCCGCUACACGCUGCACUACCGCGCCGACGCUCCGCUCAACAUCCGGAGCAUCUUCUAUGUUCCUGAUGCGAAGCCGAGCAUGUUUGACGUGAGCAGGGAGAUGGGCUCCAGCGUGGCUCUGUACAGCAGGAAGGUCCUGAUCCAGACUAAAGCCAGCGACAUCCUGCCCAAGUGGCUGCGCUUCCUCCGAGGUGUGGUGGACAGUGAGGACAUUCCCCUGAAUCUGAGCAGAGAGCUGCUGCAAGAGAGCGCCCUCAUCAGGAAGCUCCGUGACGUUCUGCAGCAGAGGGUGAUCCGCUUCCUGCUGGACCAGAGCAAGAAGGAGCCCGAGAAGUACAACAAGUUCUUUGAAGACUACGGCCUUUUCAUGAGGGAAGGCAUCGUCACCACCCAGGAGCAGGAUGUCAGGGAGGAUAUCGCGAAGCUGUUGAGGUUUGAGUCGUCUGCUCUGCCUUCGGGCGAGCACACCAAUCUGAUGGAGUAUGCCUCUCGCAUGAAGGCCGGCACGCGCAACAUCUACUACAUUUGUGCCCCCAACCGCCAUCUCGCAGAACACUCUCCCUACUUCGAGGCCAUGAAACAGAAAGAAAUGGAGGUGCUGUUCUGCUAUGAACAGUUUGACGAGCUCACCCUGCUCCACCUCCGGGAGUUUGACAAGAAGAAGCUGAUCUCAGCGGAGACGGACAUCGUGGUGGAUCACUACAAGGAGGAGAAGUUUGAGGACAGCAAACCAGCCUCCGAGCGCCUGACACAGGAGCAGGCUGACGACCUUCUGGCCUGGAUGAAGAACGCCCUGGGUCCCAGAGUCACCAACAUAAAGCUUACGCCUCGUCUCGACACCCACCCAGCUAUGAUCACCGUGCUGGAGAUGGGUGCUGCUCGCCACUUCCUGCGCACCCAGCAGCUGGCCCGCUCCGCUGAGGAGAGAGCUCAGAUACUGCAGCCCACACUGGAGAUCAACGCAGGACAUGAUCUGAUCAAGAAGUUGCAGGCACUGAAGGACACCAACUCUGACCUGGCUGGACUGCUGCUGGAGCAGAUCUAUGACAACGCCAUGAUCACAGCAGGCCUGAAUGACGAUCCCCGACCGAUGAUCGCCCGCCUGAACGAUCUGCUGACUAAAGCUCUGGAGAAGCACUGAGAGCUGCAUGCGGACGGACUUUGAUGACUGACGUAUUUACAGCCGCCGAGGGGCCCACAGAGCUGGAGAACUGCAGUUUGUGAAGAAAACUAGGGGCCCUAAUCCGGGCCAUAAAAAAAUCCCAUCGCUUUCCUCCUCUGGUGUUCUUCAGCUUCUCUUGUGGAGAGCACAUAAAGGCCGGGGAGAGAUGAAGUGCCAGCAGCGUCCUCGAGAGCUUCUCCGCGUCGCUACUUUAUUUGUUUAGCACCGUUUCAUCAGGAGUUUAAAAAUUUGGUUUGUAUCAUUUAAAAUACUGUUCCAGUGCGACUAUCGCACUCCGAUCAUGCGUUGACAUGUUAAAUACAUGAUCAAGAUAAAUGACAUCCACGUCCUGAAUAAUCUGGAUUCAAGCCAGACACAAACAAAGAGGAAUAAAAUAAAAUGGAUUAAUUUAAAAAGUACAAAAGUGUGGAAGUAAAAUGCUCUUGAGAUCUUGAAUCAUAUUUCAUGUCCUAUUGAAAUGUGUAAUACGAGCUGAUGGGUGUUACUCGACAGUGAUACGGUCGGGGGGGAAAACCACAGUUCAUAGUGAAUAGAGCAUUUACCAUUCUUUUUUUUGUACAAAUGUGUAUUCUUAACUGGUUUCAUUUGUAUUAAAGGAUCUUGUGUAAAUGAACCUAAUGUGAAAAAAAAUCUACUUAAAAUGGUAUGUAUGCAUUUAUGGAGUUGUUGGUGUGUCUGCGUCAAAAGUGAAGGUGAAUAAACAUGGAUCCACUCUGUGACAAUGAUAAAAAGAAA